AUGGUCUCAACAGUUUUAUGCAAAAGCAGAAGCACAAAAAUAGGUACGAACAGGAACCGUGUUGCGUUUGAUAUGCCUCUUACACAAACUAAUGAAAUCCUGUUUCACUACAAAUCUGCGGUAAAAGUCGGUGAACUAGAGAGAUAUGUAAUUACUUAUCAUCUUUAUGAAGGUGAGGAAAUUCCACUAGAUUUGAAUUUGGAUUCCUUAUGGUUGAAGGUGAGGAAUAUGAAUCCGCUAUCGUACAGAGCUGCGUACUUAAUGGGACCAUUCAUGUUGUAUUGCGAUGUUAAAACUGCCGAGUAUCAUCAUUCUCAAAAAAUAGUUGCCUCAGUUGACUAUCCUAAAUUCGAACCUAAUGUUCAGACUCAACAAGACUUCAUCGCUGAACUUUCGGUGCAUAAUAUACGACAGAAUUACGUAUGGAUCGCUGAUGUUAUGAGCCAAAUAUUGUUCACUACAAAUACCAACGUUACCUAUGAAGUCACUAUUGGAACGACCAGAGAGUCGGUAGAAAAUCCACAUGAUCUGCCAUCAUAUCUAGGUUCCUAUAGCCCCAAAUUAACAGUAAACAGGUUAAAUACUUUAGAUUUAUGGAAUCUUCCUGUGCAGAUUACUACUCCUCGCAAAAAGAAGCACCUAGUAAUAUUGACUCACGGUCUACAUUCUAAUGUGUCGACUGAUCUAGUGUAUAUUAUGGAACAGAUAUACAAAGCACAAAAAAACUAUCCUUCAGAACAAAUUGUUGUGAAAGGUUAUAGGGGAAACGUUUGUCAAACUGAAAAGGGAGUCAAAUAUUUAGGCACUCGUUUAGCUGAAUACAUUAUCCAAGAACUGUACGAUGAAUCUAUUCACAAAAUUUCCUUUGUAGGGCAUUCAUUAGGAGGUUUAAUCCAAGCUUUCACAAUAGCAUAUAUUUACGAGGUUUACCCUUGGUUUUUUCAAAAGGUAAAACCAAUAAAUUUUAUCACUUUAGCCUCACCGCUUUUAGGUAUUGUCACAGAUAAUCCUACUUAUAUCAAAGUGCUACUUUCAUUUGGAGUUAUUGGUAAGACGGGCCAAGACUUGGGUCUGGAAAAUGAAGCUGAAAUGGGGAAACCUCUCCUCUACUUACUAUCUGGUGAGCCUUUAACAGAGAUUUUGCGUAGGUUCAAGAGAAGAACAGUAUAUGCGAACGCCAUUAAUGAUGGAAUUGUUCCUUUGUAUACUGCAUCCCUGUUAUUUUUAGACUAUAACGAUAUUUUAGAGCAGUUACAGAAACUCAAAGAGAAUAGCAGAAAAUCACCUCUGAUAAACAAUGCUACAACACCUGAAAAUCAAGACUUCUUUAAUAAAACUUUCAUUUCGCCUUUUACUAAAGUGUUAAGUAUAUUGGCACCACAAAAGUUUCCUACAGAAGAUAGUUCCGAGAUUCCUAAAGUAUCUUUUUUCUCAUCAGCGAGCUCAAUUCUCCUGCCACCAUUACCUGAAAGAGCGUAUAUAAUGGAUCCAGAUUCAAGAGAUCCUGUCAUUAUCCAUGACAAAGUAUACACAGAAGAUGAUAUUCCACAAUCUGAAUUCAAUAUCGGAGAUGGAUUUUUUGACAAGAAGAACAUUCUCCUUCAAGCUUUUUUUGCAGGAGAAAAAGAGCGUGCUAAGUAUCGAAACCUGGAAGAAACGAUUGCUCGGAGAUGGCAUACGGGGAUGUCAUGGAGAAAGGUUGUUGUUGCACUAAAACCCGAUGCGCAUAAUAACAUCAUAGUCCGAAGAAAGUUUGCCAACGCCUAUGGGUGGCCUGUAAUCGAUCAUAUGAUAAAUGUGCACUUUAGCGGUGAUGACGAUGACGAAGACAAUAUUCACCCUACUCAAGUCGUUGAACCGUUUCAGAAUUUAGCUGAAGAAAUGGGAAAAUGCAAAAAAAUGGAAAGCAUCUCCCCAGAAUAUGCAUGGUUGGAUAAAGUGGAAACGAAUGGUGUCUUUGAUGAAGGUCCCACGGGAAUGAUAUCUACUUUUGGUGAAAUAGUCGAGGCGUUUGCUAAGAAGGGUUUUAGCGCCGUGGUCGAAAGAGGAAAUACGUCAGAUGAUCCGAAUGAUGAGGUUCUUCGGUUUGAAGAGAUGAAUAGUGAUUUAGUACAAUGA